CACGAGCACCACUCAGUAGGGCAAAGCAUGUCAGCACGAGGAGCUCGGAGGUCGUCUGCGGCGGCUUACGGAGCGCUGCCCGGCGCCCCCAUCGCGGAGAUCCGCACGCGCAAAUGGUCCAAGCAGCUUAAGACAGUUGGUCACUUGACCAUUCCCAAGUGGAUCCCUGACCAAGAGGUUCGGCGCUGAUUUUGAGCAUGACUACUAUUAUAGACGAAUGCAGUGUUGAUGUCGAUGUUGUAUGUGUGUAGAACCCCACGGAAGCACUGCAGAAAGGAGCGUUCAAGAAGUCGAAGGGACGCAAGCGCGGCGCAGGUGAAGUGGGGCGCAUGACGCGCAGUGUGCGCCAACAUAUGGCUGCACCGUUGGAGCUGUUGUCUGAGUACCCGGUUCGCGUCCACUCGUCACGACAAUCAUCUCCCGCGAGGACUGCAACGGCAUCGUCCACACCUGCGCGAACGCCUGUGCCGAUGCCCUCCCCUGAUGCUAUGCCAGCGGACGCUACUGCUGCUCUUGGACUAGCUCCAACUGCUUCUAGUGUGCCGACCACCACUGAAAGACCGACCAAACAGGAAUAUGGUGCGACCCUGUCCGUUGAGCAGCAAGGAGCGCUGCCCCCACAAACCGCAAUGAAGGCUGAAGCUGCGCCUAUAACCCCCGCGGAAGCAUCAUCAUCUACUCCGACGCUCCCAAUGAUGCCGAUAAUGCCACCUGUAUCCAACCAAAUGAUGGCUGAAGUGCCGUCGGACGAGCAGCUAGAGAUGGUUCUCGACGACCUCCCGAUGCUCGACGCGGACGAUAGCUUUAGUUUGGAUGCGCUGGAUCCUGCGUUCUUGCCGACCCCAGCGCCGUCAGGUGCUCCACCAGCCAGCCAACACCCCAAUGGCACGGAUUCGAAGCAACAAUCGGUUGAAAACUCGUCGGCAUCGGUCAGCGAAGACGACGCGUCUGCAAACUCGGGCUCGUCGAUGCCAUCAGCUUCGCCCCAGUCUUCUCCUGGAAUGAUGUCUCGGUCGCCGUCGCCCUAGGCACCGCAGAUUUGGUGAUCGUAAGACGUCGACUGUGCAGCAGCGAUACCAGUGCAAAGAGAAUAAUACUCGAAGUACGUAUUCUUGCAUGAUGCUUAAAUUCAACGCAUAUCGAGAGAACCUAUCAAGUGUGUUGUAAAACUGCCGGGGUUACUUCCGUAAAACUCUUCGCGCCAGCGCCUGAAGUUCUAUCAUUUCAGCCGUCUGGACAGGAAAAAAUAAAUGAGACUGCAGCUGUAGUGCAGGGCUAACAGAAAGCCAUGACUUACAGAGUCGUUGUGCCGAGGAUUCCGGCGCAGCAUGAACCGAGCGAGGUGGUCUAAAGGUCGAAUCGGAGGACCCACAUCUUCGCUGUCUUCGUCCCGCUCCUCACUGGCCUCUACAGCCUUGAGCAAGUGCACAAUGGCUACAGAGAACGACA